AUGUCUUAUAAUAACCUGGGCCUUGUCCACUGCCAGCUGAGUGACCUAAAGCAGGCAAAAGACUGUCACGAGCGAGUCCUGGAUGUUCGGCUGAAAAAGCUCGGACCUGAGCAUGUUGAUGUCGCAACGUCUUAUAUUUACCUAGGCCUUGUCCACAAGCAGCUCGGUGACCUAAAGCAAGCAAAAGACUGUCACGAGCGAGCCCUGGAUGUUUGGCUGAAAAAGCUCGGACCUGAGCAUGUUGAUGUCGCAACGUCUUAUAAUAACCUGGGCAUUGUCCACGAGCACCUAGGUGACCUAAAGCAGGCAAAAGACUAUCACAAGCGAGCGCUGGAUGUUGGGCUGAAAAAGCUCGGACCUGAGCAUGUUGAUGUCGCAAAUUCUUAUACUAACCUGGACCUUUUCCACGAGCAGCUGGGUGACUUAAAGCAGGCAAAUGACUGUCACGAGCGAGCCCUGGAUGUUUUGCUGAAAAAGUUCGGACCUGAGCAUGUUGAUUUUGCAAUGUCUUACAAUAACCUGGUCCUUGUCCACCGGCAGCUGGGUGACCUAAAGCAGGCAAAAGACUUUUACAAGCGAGCGCUGGAUGUUCGGCUGAAAAAGCUCGGACCUGAGCAUGUUGAUGUCGCAAUGUCUUACAAGAACCUGGGCCUGCUGGGUGACCUAAAGCAGGGAUGA